AUGGCACCAGCUAUCGGUAUCGACUUGGGUACCACCUACUCUUGCGUGGGUGUGUUCCGAGAUGACCGUAUCGAAAUCAUCGCCAACGACCAGGGUAACCGCACAACACCCUCGUUCGUUGCCUUCACCGACACAGAGCGAUUGAUCGGUGACGCCGCGAAGAACCAAGUCGCCAUGAACCCAGCCAACACCGUCUUCGAUGCCAAGCGCCUCAUCGGCCGCAAGUUCAACGACCCUGAGGUGCAAGCCGACAUGAAGCACUUCCCCUUCAAGGUUAUCGACAAGGCUGGCAAGCCCGUCGUCCAGGUUGAGUUCAAGGGCGAGCAGAAGGAGUUCACACCAGAGGAGAUCUCAUCCAUGGUCCUCACCAAGAUGCGGGAGACUGCUGAGGCCUACCUCGGUGGUACCGUCAACAACGCCGUCGUCACGGUUCCAGCAUACUUCAACGACUCGCAGCGUCAAGCCACCAAAGACGCAGGUCUCAUCGCCGGCCUGAACGUCCUCCGUAUCAUCAACGAGCCAACUGCCGCAGCCAUUGCCUACGGUCUCGACAAGAAGACUGAGGGCGAGCGCAACGUGCUCAUCUUCGACUUGGGUGGUGGUACUUUCGAUGUCUCCCUGCUUACCAUCGAGGAGGGUAUCUUCGAGGUCAAGUCGACUGCCGGAGACACUCACCUUGGUGGAGAGGACUUCGACAACCGUCUUGUCAACCACUUCGUUAACGAAUUCAAGAGGAAACAUAAGCAAGUCGAAGACCUCUUUGCCCAUGCGAAUGAUACAAAUGCUAACAAUCUUUGUAGGAAGGAUUUGACCUCCAACGCCCGCGCUCUCCGCCGUCUGCGCACCGCAUGUGAGCGUGCCAAGCGCACUCUUUCCUCGUCCGCACAGACUUCCAUCGAGAUCGACUCGCUCUUCGAGGGCAUCGACUUCUACACCUCCAUCACCCGUGCCCGUUUUGAGGAGCUUUGCCAGGACCUCUUCCGCUCCACCAUGGAGCCAGUCGAGCGCACCCUCCGCGACGCCAAGAUCGACAAGUCCUCCGUCCACGAGAUCGUCUUGGUCGGUGGUUCCACCCGUAUCCCCAAGAUCCAGAAGAUGGUCUCCGACUUCUUCAACGGCAAGGAGCCCAACCGAUCCAUCAACCCAGACGAGGCCGUCGCCUACGGUGCUGCCGUUCAGGCUGCCAUCCUCUCUGGUGACACCUCCAGCAAGUCGACCAACGAGAUUCUGCUGCUCGACGUUGCGCCGCUCUCUCUCGGUAUCGAGACUGCCGGUGGUGUCAUGACUCCUCUCAUCAAGCGCAACACCACCAUCCCAACGAAGAAGUCCGAGGUCUUCUCCACCUUCUCCGACAACCAGCCCGGUGUGCUCAUCCAGGUCUUCGAGGGUGAGCGUGCCCGCACCAAGGACAACAACCUGCUCGGCAAGUUCGAGCUCACCGGUAUCCCACCUGCACCACGUGGUGUCCCACAGAUCGAGGUCACUUUCGACGUGGAUGCCAACGGUAUCAUGAACGUCUCCGCUCUCGAGAAGGGCACCGGCAAGACCAACAAGAUCGUCAUCACCAACGACAAGGGUCGUCUGUCCAAGGAGGAAAUCGAGCGCAUGCUUUCUGAGGCGGAGAAGUACAAGGCCGAGGAUGAGGCCGAGGCCGGCCGUAUCCAGGCCAAGAACGGCCUUGAGUCGUACGCCUACUCCCUCAAGAACACCCUCUCCGACUCCAAGGUCGACGAGAAGCUCGACGCUGCCGACAAGGAGAAGCUGAAGGCCGAGAUCGACAAGACCGUUGCAUGGCUCGACGACAACCAGCAGGGCACCAAGGAGGAGUACGAGAGCCAGCAGAAGGAGCUCGAGGGUGUCGCCAACCCCAUCAUGAUGAAGUUCUACGGCCAGGGCGGCGAGGGUGGUAUGCCCGGCGGUAUGGGCGGUGGCAUGCCAGGCGGCGCUCCAGGUGCUGGCGCCGCCGGUGGCGACGACGGCCCAACCGUUGAGGAGGUCGACUAA